CAUCAAAAGGGUGCCACGGAACCGCGUCCAUCACUGGGGUGAGCUGCCCGACGGCACCAGCGCAUCCCUGGAGAUUGUCCUGCUGGCAAAGGUGUCCAAUGGCUUCCCUGGUGUGGUCCAGCUGCUGGAGUGGGUUGAGCUCCCCAACGACAUUGUGAUGGUGCUGGAGCGCCUGGAGCACUCUCAGGACCUGCAGCAUUUCAUUCGGGCACGGGGGUUCCUGUCCGAGGAGGUGGCGCGGCAGCUGUUCCACCAGGUGCUGGAGGCCGUCUGGCACGGCACCAGCUGCAGGGUCCUGCACAGAGACAUCAAACCAGGGAACAUCCUGGUUGACCUGGCCACCGGGCAAGCCAAAUUGAUUGAUUUUGGCUGUGGCACCUACCUGCAAGAGACAGCCUACAUUCAUUUUGCAGGAACACUAUCAUACAGCCCCCCAGAAUGGACCCGCUUUGGCUGGUACCAUGGCGAGCCAGCUACCAUCUGGUCCCUGGGCAUCAUGCUGCACCAGAUGGUCUGUGGGGAGCACCCUUUCAGGAGGGGCCAGAACAUCAGCUGGGACCAUCAGCUCUCGCUGCCACAACGGCUCUCUCCAGAGUGCCAAGAUCUGAUCAGGCGGUGUUUAUCCAUGCUGGACUUGGAAAGGCCCUCAUUAGAAGAGGUGUUCUGUCAUCCUUGGAUGCAGGAUAUACAUCUGCCCUAGAAGAAGGGAGAGAGCCACAGGCACACUGUGCUGCAGGGCCCUGGUAAGUUACAGCUCCACACCUGCCUUGGCCAUCAGAAGCAAAGGAACCCAGCCUGUGUCACUGCACCAGGGUCAUGGGAUGGGAACACGCAGCCCUUGUG